UUUCUGACGAGGACAAAUCAUGAACAAGACCACUUGCCCUCAUAUUAGCUUUGACUUCACAGGUAGAUUUCUUCCACCUGUCUACAUCCUGGUAUUUAUCAUUGGCCUUACUGCAAAUGUGAUCGGACUCAAAACCUUACUGCAAAACUGGACUAAACUAAAAAUCAUCAAUGUUUUUGUGUUGAACCUUGGCCUGGCUGACAUUCUCUACCUUCUAACUCUGCCUUUCUUGGUGGUCUACCACUUGAAGAAGAAUAAAUGGAUUUUUGGAGAUAUUUUUUGCAAAAUUACUCGGUUUUGUUUUAACAUAAACUUGUAUGGCAGCAUUGGAUUUCUCACCUGCAUUAGCGUGUCUCGAUACCUGGCCAUUGUCCAUCCAGUUCGGGUAAUGGGGCGGCUGACUGCGUCUCAUUCUGUGGUUGCUUCGGCUAUCAUUUGGGUUUUGGUGAGUGUUCAAUGCCUUCCAGACAUGUUCUUUGCCAAAACUUACCGAAAAGGUGCCGAGAAGUGUUUUGACAGCACCUCCAACACCUAUGUAGAGGGUUAUCUGAAAUACAGCUUGGCUUGGACUUUGACUGGGUUCUGCUUGCCGUUCCUGAUCACAUUGGGAUGUUAUACUCAUGUGAUAGUGAGGCUGUGUGGCUCCAGCUCCACUGAUACAGACCGUGUGCUGAAGAGGAGGAGUCUGCGGCUGCUGUUGGUUCUGAUCCUGCUCUUCUCUGUGUGUUACAUUCCCUAUCACGUCCUCAGGAACCUCAACCUGUACUCCAGAGUGCUGUCCAAGAGGAGGCAGUGCUACGGCUGGUUCAACCCCGUCUACGUGGCUCAGCAGGUGGGCCGCGGCCUGGUGUGUCUGAACCCUGCCCUGAACCCCCUGGUGUACCUCCAUGUGAGUGAGGAGAUCUCCUCUGGACUUCGGACGCUCAUGGGGAGGACUCGGAGUGUCCUUCACAGCCACAAAAUGUCCUCCAUUGUUGGGCACCCUUCACAGGCACAAGCUCCUGCACACACUCAACAGAGAUAUGCUACACAGGAACGGGCUACUCCAGAACACGCUACACCAUAACACGCUACACCAGAACAUGCUAGACAGUAACACGGUACACCGUAACACGCUACACUGUAACACGCCACGACGUAACUCAAUACACUGUAACGCCCUACACUGGAACACCUACAGUAGGAGACGCUACACCGGAACACUCUACAUCGGAAUGCGCUACAUUGAAAUGCUCUACACCGUAACACACUACUGUACACUGUAACAUACUAUUCCUGGAACACUCUAUACCAUAACACGCUACACUUGAACAUGCUAGACUGGAAUACACAACACCGGAACGCAUUACACAGCAACAUGAUACACUGGAACAUGCGGAAAACUCUAUACCAGAACACGCUACACCGGAACACUCUACACCAGAACAAACUACACUGGGACACGUCGCACUGAAACACUCUACACCAGCACACACUACACCAGGACACGCUACACCAGGACACACUACGGACCAGGUGUAACAAUGUGGAAAUGAAUAACAUCAGAAAGAAUGUAACGUUCAGUCCUGGUGAACUGAAUUUUUGAGACAUAACCAUAAGAUAAUAUUUUCCUGAUAACAAAAAAAAAAAAAAAUAGAAAAAGAAAAAGAAAAGAAAUAUAACUUUGCUUAAAGAUGGGUACCUGACUUUCAAACUGUGAAAAUUAAUUAUAGUAUGUCUUUAAAAAUCUAACUAGUAUCUCUCACAAACCUUUUAGGAUUCACAUGCAAGAUAUAUUCGGCCAGUUGCACAGCAUUAGAACAGCUCUUAUCCCAAAGCAUCAUAGUGUUUGCAGUUUCAUCCUGCCUGUUUUAUUACAUAGUUCUGCUUUUACAAUUCACUUUUUCAGGAAAACAGAAGUUUGUACUUUAGCUUUAAGUAAUGCUACACAUUUAGUGUGUUUUCACUUUUCUCCUACACAGCUCCCACACUGCAUGAUGUCAUCUAGUGUAAUCAUUUAUUUCAGAGCUCAAAUUUCCUCA